AGAUCACAGCAGCUCUUAGACAAUGAAAGCCAGACAGCAUGCUACCGUCAGCUGAGACGCAUCGAGAGUAACAUUCAAUAGGAUCAGUCAACCAGUCGUCCCCACCAUCACUGCUACAGCUAUGCCCAUCGCAGAGCUUUUGGGAGUCCAGGUCGACAUGCAGCUGCUGUUGAAGCUGAGCCUCUCGGUGGCUGCGGUGCUGCUGGUGUCUUGGGCCUACAGGUUUUACACCUCCAGGGAUGCGAAGAAAAUUCAGGCCUCUGUCAAAGACAACAAAGAGACAGAAAAUGCCACCUGCCAAAACUGCAAGACGACUCUCCGCUGUCAGAACUCGCAAAAGCCCGACACCGGUGUUGAAGCCGAGCAACCCAGGCCCUCGCACACAUCCUCAGCCACUGACGACCAGACAUCUGACAACAGCGAGGAAACACCAAGCCAGGCUGAAAAGAAUGAGGAUGCACACGGUGACAAAGCUAUCUGCUUGAAAGGAGAGAUCUUCACUCAUCAGAAGCCGACAGAGGUUGCCACCAGUAAUAUUUCAUUUGGAUCUGCUUUGAACCUUCCUCAUCCAACAGAGAGUGGGAUGGCCAGUACAACGGGGCGCCGCUCCCCGUGCUUUUUGCAGAAGCUGGAGGGCAGCGUGGGUGUCGGCAGGGAGUUAAGGCAGGACUUUGAACGCCAGGGGGCUUACUCCAGCUUCCUCUCCAAGGCGGAGAUCAAAGUGGAGGAUGCGAACGUGGUGCUGGAAGGAACAGGAGACCAGAUUGUGCGCGGAAAGAUAUAUGAUUAUUUUGUGGAAUCUUGCUCUCACUCGAUUACAGACUCAAAUACUAUGCCGGGUCAUUUUGAGAGAAACUCUGAGUCAAGCCCAGGGGAGUUUGGGAGUCGUGGCAGCAGCCCUACAGAAUCUCCUUCGUCUCUGAGCCCCAUCAUUAUGCGUGAUCUGGUUUUACCACAAAGAACUGCUGAGGAUUCGUCCGCACUGGGAAGCCUCAAGCUGAGGCACCCCGCAAGGCCCGCACUCCUACGCAAGGAGAGCUAUCUGUCUGCAGCUGAGCAGUCUGAGCUCUCCAUCCCCUCUCUAACAUCAAGAGCCUCGACUCAAAUGACUCACACUGUGGUCUCAACCAACGAAGAGACCAUCUCUGUUCACACUAUGAUCUUUAGUUCGACAGACAGCAAAGAGCCUAAUUUGAGGGAGGGGGCAGAUCUAGAGACAGUAGCAGGGGCUCCGUUUCUACACCUUCCAGCAAAAGCCCUUGACAGCAUAGAUUUUGAAAAGUUGAGGAGUCAACUUGAUCUGGGUAACUGUGUGGAGACGCUGUACUUGGCUAAGAAACACGGGCAGACCUCUGUGCAGCAAGCAGCCCUGGGAGUCAUGUCAGACAACUACCUGCAGGUGCUCAGGGAGCCCAACCUUUAUGGGCGGCUGAUGGCUGGGGAGCGGGAACGAAUCCAGAAGCAGAGAAUGAGAGGGAGAAGGUUCGUCAUGGCGGCAGACAUGGACCCUCAGGACUGGGCGAGGAGCGCAGCAGGUCAGACGGCAGAGACAGAGCAGAGGAGGACAUCCAGUGCAGUGUACUAUUAUGAUGACUACAAAGACGCCUGGCAUACACUCUGCCUCAUCCCACAGGAGGUCAUCUCCAAAGCAUGUGCCAUGUGCACAAUGGAUAACUACUUAUUUGUGGCAGUGGGCUGCCAAGGCACAGACAGAGAAAUGACACCCUCAAAGCGAGUGUUUUGCUACAAUCCUUUGACAUCCAUUUGGAAGGAGAUCAGUCCUAUGAAUGAAGCCAGGCCACGCUGCAAACUGGCAGCUCUGGAGGGCUACAUCUACGCCAUCGGAGGGGAGUGCCUUUCCUCAGUGGAGCGCUAUGACCCGCGAUUGGACAGAUGGACAUUUGUGGCUCCACUGCCUAAUGAUACGUUUGCUGUGGCGCAUCACGUCACGGUGUGCAACGGAGAGCUUUUCGUUUCCGGGGGAACGCUCCGAUACAUGCUCCUGCGCUACAGCCCCAAAACCAACGCCUGGAGGAAGGGUCUGUUACUCAGCAGCAAAGACAGGACUGCAGACAUGGUCGCUGUGGGGAGAUUUCUGUAUCGCUUUGAUACCAACCCGCUGCUGGGUGUCAGCGUGUACCGCUACCAUACAGUGGCUCGGCUGUGGUACGAGUGCAGCUCCAAGCGGCUUCAGCACUGCCCGGCCUUCCAGUGUGUCACAAUGGACGACAUGAUCUUUUGUAUUUGCCGCCAGUUCACCAUGAGGUUUGAGGCUGAUGAAAUCUCUCCUGCUUUCAUGGAUGAGAAUUUGAGUGUCCUCUCCGCGGCAAAGGGCAUACUUUUCCCCUUUGUCCUCUCGCUCCCUGAUAAGAAGCCCCGGCAGACCAGCGUUUAACAAGAACUCAGUUUUUCAUCGAUGAUGAGAUUAGGCGGUGACGGAGUAUCCCUACAAGUUUCUCAUUGACUGAGUGGGUUCAUGCUCAACCCCAAAUGCUGCAAAAACUGUAACCACGGUGUUGUCAUUUCUCUCAAGUGUUACUAAGAUCACCUUCCCACCAAGCUUCUGUUUCUUUAUUUGGCUGGAUUGGGUAUUACACAAAGAAAUGUGUUUCUUAUGUCUCGGCUCCCGGCAGUAGACGUGAAGUAUGAGACUCUCAAUGGUAUUCAAACUAUUGUUUGCCUAGAUUUACGCAGGAUGUGCUGCCAUGUAAACUGUUUGCUUCUUGAUUUGCCACUCCUUCCUGCCAUUAACUCAGUUUUAUAUCAUCCCAGAUGCUUAACCUCUUUCGGUAUAAAGAUAAUUCAUAAGUAAGACUAGAAGUAAAUGAGUUCAUUCAGCUCUAACGCAUUACAGAGAUUGGGCAAUAUAGCGAUAAUGUAUCACUGCUGCGCCGUGUAGGGCACAAGUAUAACUUACACAGUGGCCUGGAUACAAUGCAAUUAUCUACAGUUGCUCUUUAAGUAUGACAGGGUAUAAAUGGGUUUGUCUUACAUUAUAAAUAGGUGUGCUUGUAAAAGCAUUCGUCUUUACUUUUGAAACUCUUCCAACACUCAGACUUGCAGUUAUUUUUAUAAUUUGAGCCAUUCUCCUUUGGUAGCCAUCUGUUUUAAUCUUGACUGAGCUGACUGUUUUGUUUUUUUUUUCAUUUUGACAUCUGAGCCUCUUUGUUUUUUUGUCAUCUAUUGCUUCAUAAACAUCAAAGAAAUACAUCAAUUUGUCAUUCAUUGGCUAUUAAUCCACAAUUACUGGUAUUAAUCCACAUGUCUGUUCCAGUAUCGGUGCGGCUGAUGAUAACCAGUGACAGAAGAACACACAGCAAUCCAAACACAACUGUUUUUUUAUUUUUUCUAAACGUUUAGGCAAUUACAUUAACGAUGGAAAUAUGCAUAAGGGUGAUACAAAUAAAACCCCUCAUUGUUUGCUCAUUUGCAAUCUUUCACUGUACACACUGUAACACCGAGGACCUCAAAGACACACUGACAGCUUUUUCCGGGGAGUGACAUGCUGCUAUAGCACCAUCAUGUGGCUCACGGUGCAACCACAGCAGUGCUCCGGGUCAGAUAUAUUAAGCCCGAGACUUCCAACAAAACACAGAGACGUCAUGUGACACACAGGCAUCAGCAGCACAGCAGAGUGACUAACUAGCGAACAGUGUGUGAAACAGAGGGCUUCAGCUGCACUGUAAGGCAGCAGGCAGCAGGCAGGCGGGGAGGCGGACGCAGAUGGUUGACCAUCAACCAUAAGCAUCUUUUAUUCAUCCUAAUUAAACACUUUGAUUCCCUGCAACUAAACACCUAAUGGAAUGAGAGUUAGACGUGUCCCUUCAGAUGUUGCCUUGGAUGACUCAUGGCUUCUGGUUUGCCUGAAUACUCAGGUUAGUUCUGGCAUCAACACUUUUUUUUUCUCUUUUUUUUAAAGUUCUCAUCAUUCUCAGAUAUUUUUCUCCCCCCACAGAGUAUCUAGGGUAACACUAGCAGCCCACUCUGAGUUUCAGACAUUAACUGUACGGAGAGAGGAAGAAUUUGCAUAUAAUUAUCCUCCGGA